UGAUUUUUAUAACUAGUUAUUUUCACAACGUUCUGAAGCAAACGUGAUAAUUGUAACGUAAAAUCGUUUGGUUACUUGUCAUUACGAAUAUUGUAAAACCAGUGAUUUUGCGUGAGUAGUGAAAGUAGCCAAACAUCGACGCUAUGCCUUAAACAUAAGAGUGAAUUCGAUUUAACUUUAUGGCGUUGUGAUUAAAAGAGUUAUUGAAGACUGAUGCCUAUUUCGAUCGUUUAAAUGGCGUUAUGAAUAUCACUAGUUUUUGUUGUAGUGGAAAACGAGUGAUCACUGUUCGAGCUCGUAACUGCAUAUAUAACCAGUUAUGGUUAAUAACGCCCAUCGCUAGCGAGCGGGCUUGCUUGACUGCGUGUCACGUUUAUAUCUUUUUAGCAGAAUAAAAUGCGUUUUAUUUUUCUGUAAACUGCUUUUCUCAUUAUAAAGUGUAAUUAGUAAAUGAAGUGUGUGUGAAAUCCAAAGCUAAAAAGACUAUACCGUCGAAUUCAAUCAAAAACAAAUAUUUUCAUGUACCUACCAUUUGUACUAUGCGACCGUGAAGGUUGAGAAUGUUACGUCAUUUUGCCUUUAGUGUGUGAUAUGAGCUUAUUUAUUUUGCCUCUGCACGGGAAAGUGAUUUUCACAAGAAAAGCUCGUCGAGUUGUGCACGGUUUACGUUGGUCUUGAACUUUGUAAAUGAGUCAAACGCAGUUAGACCGGCUGCUACAAGAUGCCGCCAUGUUAUUUAGUGUCUCUGUCAACUAGUGAUCGCGGUUAGCCUGCAUAAAACUUGGAGGUUUAGUCCCAUUUAGCAGUAAACUGUAUUUUUGUGGUUUCGCUGCACUUGACCCCGCGUCGCCACGGAGCAUCAGAACCGGGCGCUCGUCGGCGCCACACACAUCAAUGAACCAUUUAUGCCAGUUUUGGCUAUUGAAGAUGCAAGACUUGAGUCCUGUGACCUCCAACCGGGAGACACAUGGAGGGGGAUGCAAGACAAGAUGAGCGUGACAGCGCCGGUUAAGAAGAUAAGAAAAAAGUCAGACAAUAAGCCGCAAUCUCAAAUAAACAAGUGUCACAACGAAAAGCGUCGUCGGGAGCUCGAAAACGAGACGAUAAACCAGCUCGAGGAGCUCUUGGUGACGUGUCUCGCAGAGGUGAAGCAGCCGGACAAGAACGGCAUCGUCCGCGAGGCCACCCAGCAGAUCCAGGAGGUGCUGCGGCGGCGGCUCGAGUGCCCCGGCGACUGCCCCGUGCGCGCGCACUGCCUCUCCCCCGUGCAGGGCGGCGAGGUCACCUCCACGCAGCCGCAGCCGCCGCUCCACUACUCCGAGCUCACCACGCUCAUUGAGGCGCUCAAACACUACACCAGUAACCUCGGAUGGAUUUUGCUGGAAAUUAACUCAAAGGGUGAAAUCGAGUGUGUCACCGACAAUAUAAAGGAGCUCGUUCUGCAGGGCAGAACGGAGUUGUACAGGAAGUCUAUUUUCUCACUUUUGCAUGCGAACGAUCAUGCGAAGUUGAGGCCGUUGCUCCGGAACAUACAGACCUUCGGCUGGGGCUCAGCUGAAAUCGACAAGUUUCAAGCUAUCCAAGUUCGUCUUCUCAUCAAAAAUCCUAAUGGGACCGAUAGUACCGGGUACGUGGAGUGUGUGAUCCACGCUGCGCCGGUGCGCGGCUCGUCGGCGGAGGAGGCCGGCUCCGUCAUGUGCGUCAUCCGGCGCUGCGAGGACGCGUCGGCCGCUCUCCUCCCCGUCGACGGCGGCCCGCCCGCCAUCGCCGCCAAGCACGCAGACCACAUCGUGUUCCGCCUCGACUCUACCCUUACUGUUCUCUCUUGUGAUUUAAGUGGAGUGGAAAGCUAUUCGAACUAUCCUAUAUCUCUUGUGGGUACUCAUUACCUAGACCUAGUUGAAUCUUGUGACCGCGUUCGCGUGAGGGCCCACCUUCAAGAGGCCGUCUGUCACCCGGCCCCGCCGGCUGUGAGUGACCCGUUCCGCAUCCGCGUCGCGCCCGACAAGCCGUGGUUGCGAGUGAGCGCCCGGUCCCGCUUGUUCCGCGCGAAUUCCUCGUCCAACGAGCCCGACUUCAUAAUGUCGACGCACACGGUACUCGGCGACGACGACGCCGACUUGCUGGACGCGAGCUCGGCGCGCCCGCCCGUCGGCGGCCCGCUCAUGACCUCCGUUGCCAACGGCGAGUCGUCCGCCUGCGAGCCACGCUACCGCCCGCUCAGCCCGACUGACCCGCAGUUCUCGAUCAAUGACUUCGACCUCGACCAGUGGACGUCGCCGUUCCAGCUCAGCGACAUGUCCGGCGAGGACACGAAGGAUCGCAAGGACACGCAGUCGGAGGGCUCUACGUCUCGCGCGCCUUCCACGCCGGUGGAGGCGCCGCCCUCGGUGCACGCGCCCGCCGCCGUGUCCGUGGCCGCGGAGGAGCCCAAUCGUCUGCGGACGAUCCUGACCAAGAAGCUCAGCACUGGCGACUCAUCUUCCAACUCGAGCACCAUUCUGAAGGACUUGCUGAAGCAGGAGGACGAGGAGGCGACGUCGAGCGAGACGUCGGCGCCGCACACGCCGCACACCCCGCACACGCCGCACACUCCUCACACUCCUCACACGCCGCACACGCCGGCCGCGGCGCUGUCCCCGCUGCACUCUGCGCAGGCACAUGCGCGCCCGCCGCCCCACCCGCCGCAUCCGCCGCAUCCUCCACAUCCGCCGCAUACCUCGCAUACUCAGCAUGGACAACACAUGCAGCAGCCGCACCAUAACAGCUCCGAUGUUUUAUUGAAAAUAUUAAAAAAGUCGGACGAAGAUGGUGACGAGAACAGGAGAAAUUCGGAGAACUGUGGCACCUCGCAGCCGAGUGCGCUUCUGUCCCAGCUAUUGUCUAGCAGUAACGGGCCUAACGCGCACCGCUCGCAGGACCACGGCGACAACUACCUCGAUCGCAUGGCUAACGCCGGCAUGAAACGCAAAAUGGAUGAGAACAAGGGAGCGGCCGGGAUCAAACGAGCUACCCCUGAAAACCAACAGGUGACAUCGAGCGCGAUCUCGGUGGCGUCAUCAGCGCCAUCAUCGACGGCCGUGAGCCCGUCCACGAGCAGCGCCGGCAUGAGUCCGCUGUGCCAGAAAAACCAGAUCUUAGUGGCGCUACUGGCGCGGCAGCAGACGGUGCCGCCGACGCCGCCGCCGCAGACCAACCCCGUGCUGCGCGCGCAGUACGGGCCCGCGCCGCGCCCGCGCCCUCCGCCGCCCGCCGCGCUGCCGCACCACGCGCCGCACCCGCAGCACCCGCAUCCGCAGCACCCGCAACACCAGCAGCAUCCGCAGCACCAGCAACACCCCCCGCACCAACACCAACAGAUGCAGCAUCAGCAGAGGCAUCACCCCUCCACUCUGUCUUCAAUGCUCACUGGACAACACAGCCGCGCGAGUGGCGUGAACGUGAACGGCGGCGGCGCCUCGGUGACGUCCCCCGGCGGCGGCGAGCACGCGCCUCAGAGCCACCUGCAGAUGGUGCUGCAGGGCGGCGCGCGCCAGCCCUACCCGCACCCGCACCCCGCCGCGCACCCGCCGCACAUGAUCUACGCCAACACGGCGCCGCAUCACGUCUACAAUGCGCAGCCGCCUGGCGGCGCCGCGCGAGCACCGGCCGGGCCGGCGGGCGGCGACCCGGAGGCCCCGAACGACCAAGACCUGUCGGACAUACUAGACGAGGUGAUCGACAACAUGCCCGACGCGGACCGGCCUGCGCCCGAGGUCAAUGUCCUCGGCGAACUGGAGAACAACCGACAGCUCAGGCCGGAUUAUGCGGGCGUAAAGGAGAAGCAUGCCAUGAUAAAUGCGAUACGACAAAGUCUAAUGCAGUGCGAGACGGUCACCAAGAGCCCGGUGUCGUCGAGUCCAGGCGCCCCACCCGUGUAUGCUGUUCAAAGCCAGGGCACGUGCAGCAUGGGCGCGGGCGCGAGCGUGGGCGCGGGCGGCGCGGGCUACGUGGUGGGCGGCGCGGGCGGCGGCGCGGCGGGCGGCGAGGUGGCGCGCGCGCGCGCGCUGGCCGCCGAGCAGCAGCGCGCGCGCCUGCUGCAGAUGCAGCGCUCGCAGCAGAUGCUCGUCUCGCCUGAGGCUGCAGACCAGUCACAACAGGACCUGGGGUCGACCAUUAACGCGCUCGUGUCAGCCACACCCCCUAACGUAGCACUCACGCGCACCGACUAUCAUCACCUAUACCACCCAUCCAAUCAAAUGGGUUCAAAUUAUGGUACAAAUAAAUUAACAUCACCGCAACAAAACCCAAUGCUGAGUCGGCAAUUAAGUGGGUCAGCGGCGAGCGGCUACACGCACGGCGGCGGCGCGGGCGCGCACUCGCCCGCCGCGCUGCACACGCCGCUCACGCCGCAGCCCUACCUCCGCGCGCCGCGCCCGCAGCUAGUGGGCGGCUACUACGAGGAGGGCGCGGGCGGCGCGGGCUACUGCGGCGAGUACGCGCGCCGGCCGCACCUGCCGCCGCUGCCCGCGCACCCGCCGCACCCGCACCACCCGCACCACGCGCCGCCCGACCACCAGCUGCCCUGCGCAGGUAGUGGCGGCGGCGGCGGCGGCACGGGCGGCGCGGGCGGCGGCGCGGGCGCCACGAGCGAGUACGUGCGCAACGAGCUGCGCGCCGUCGUGGGCGCGCGCUCCCGCCCCGACCUGCACGCGCAUGCGCAGCCCGACCUCGACCCGCUCAUCUCCUUCGACAUGCCCACACCUGGUGGCGGCAGUGUGCUGGGGACGCGAGCGCCCUCCGCGGCCGCUAGCUCGUGGGAGUCGCAACAGACCACCCCGAAUACUACGGAGGCGGGCUCGGUGGAGGCGGCCCCGGCGGCGGGCGGUGAUGGGACGCGGGCUGCGGCGGCUGCGGCGGGCGCGGCAGCUGCGGCGGGCGCGCAGGGCUCGGCGGCGGCGGCUAAGGCCUCGCUGCUGCAGAAGCUGCUCUCGCAGUGACCCGCCACGCCCGCCACUCCCGACCUGCGCUGAACUUUUGCAUUUAUUACUUUCUCGCCGUUUCUGAUGGACGAUCACCGACGAUACUUAGAUUCCAUCGUAACGAACGUCGUCGUUCCGUGUUACGGUCUACGUGGUACCUCUGCGGCUGUAAACCUCACAUUAGUGAGUAUAAUUAAGUACACGUAUUUAUAGAAUGUCUUAUAGUACCUAUGUCGUAAUGUAGUCUGUAGUUUGCCUUUUUAACAGUGACUGUGUUAGAGAUGUGAGUACGAAUAUUAGGUCUGUGAUCUGCGCCGCUCCCGGCGGCGCUGGCGUUCACGCACCUACAUCUCGUAAACAGUGAGUGUUAAAAUGCUAGACUACAGUAGUGCUAGUGAUAUUUUCGAGUUGUAAAAGUCGUUUCGUUGAUGAUACCUAAUUCAUACGUUUUGUCUUAAGUUCUUUGAGAACGAUUUUUAAGAAUGAUCUUAUUUCUUUAUUGUCUAUUGUAUAGUCUUUCUAACGAUAUAGUACGGUUCGAUACGAAAUACGACGGUAGCUUCCUUUGACGGAAAAAAAAAGUGUUGUACAAUAUAAUUGACUCAUGCGCCUAGUAUACCUACACAAUGUACAAUAGAAAUAUACCGCGUGCAAUAUUGUAUAGAAAUAAACACAUUAUGUUGGCGUUGUGAACGUUAUGUAUUAUAGUACGAAAGUCAGAUGUUACCUGUUAUGACUAAAGUAAUUUGUAUUAUAGUAUAUGGUGAGUUGUCAAGAAGUGGUUUCUCUGACGGAGAAAAUUAUAUUUACUUGUGUAAAUAAUGUGUUGUUAAAUUAUAGCUGUUGCUUUAUUGUAAAUAUUCUGUUAUAUUUCAUUGUGUUACGUCUUAGAUAUACUUUUAAUGAUUUUAAUAUUUUAUUUGAUAUUGAUUAAAUCUUUACAAAGCUUACGCUAUGAUUUUACGAAGUUAUUUUUGUAGCCAACGAGCUCGAACUCCUUACUUUAACUUCUUUGACAAGUGUUAUAAUCACAUACAGAUUAUAUACAAUCCUCCAAAACAAAUUAUUAUUAAUACCCUUUAUUUGUAUAUAAAUCUAUAUAUACUUUAUAUAGCCUGUUUUUAUUUCAUAAUAUUAUGGUGAAUUUUAAAUUCCACCUAAAGACCUACUCCCAUUAUCAAAUCUUCAUUUAAUUGCUAACAAGUUUUUGUUAUCGCAUGCUAUAAAUCCGUAAGUUUCGUUGGCGCUUCUUCGAUAAGUUCAAAAUUAUGUGUUAUGAGUUUGUCAAGUGUAAUGUAUUUAUGAUAACUGUCGUAGUACAGUGUGAGCCCCCAUUUGAUAUAAGUACUUUCUGGCAUCAUUGUCGUUCCUCUUCGAUUGUACGUUUUUAUAAUCUAGAUCACAUAACAAUAGGACUAUCUGGGAGAGAGUGAUGUAGGUAUUAGGUAGCAUUAGUGUUUGUACCAGUUUAAAUAAUUGGAUUUAGCGGUAAAUGUAUAUCGAUAACCUUGGAAUGAAUCGUUUAAAAAAAAUAUGUGAUCGUGUUAAUAUGACAGUUUGUCUUUUUGACGUUGAUGUAGUAGCACCACCGUGUGUACGUGGGGCAAGGCCGUGAUGUUAGGUAAUCGUUGUAACUCAAUAUGAUAUAUAAAUCGAUAUCAAUGUAACAUUGUCGACAGUCCUGCACGUUUAGUAAUCAGUUGCCACAAUAAUCCCUUGGUUGGAGUUUAAAAUAUAAUGUGGCGACAAGUAAGCUUAUUUGAAUGUUGUCAUUUGUCGCAAGUAUGUGACGCAUAGUAACCAACGAGAAUUUCGCGAGGAUAAACGGCCUCGGGCAUUUCGAGCGUCUAUGGUUAAGAAUUACAAAAAUCUAUGUCAACGUUAGUACCUAUUAUAAUUAGGCACUGAAAUUAGCCGUUGUGUGCAAGCUGUUCCGGGCAGUAAGAGUGAUCAAAUACGUACGUAAUAUUAUAAUAUAUUAUGAGAGAGGCAGGUACUUUAUAUGAAUCGGAGAUGUCGGGUGCAUAUAGAGCUAGCUUUCUAUGUUCACAACUUCUUCAUUAUUACUGCCUGUAAAAGCAGUUUACACUGUAAAUUAUAAGAAAUUUAGCGUUGCACAAUAUAAUUAUUACUUGUCUAAAUUUAAUUAUAAAGUAACUUAAGGGGUGACUGUAAGAUCUUAUUUGUGUGAUGUGUAAAUCUAUUGUCGGAAUUAAGCGCAAUUGACAUUCAAAAAUUAAUCCACCUCUUUUGGAAGUAAACUCAUCUAAAGGUAAUUCGUAAUGGAUACUGUUGCUCCCUAGUAAUGUUACAUUUGGGACCAUAUCUGAAGCUAUACUCGCUAACACCUACCUACAUAGUAUCUCCACGUUGUUGUUACUACCAGAUUCCAUGAAACUAAAGUUGCAUCGUGACUUUAAAAUCCAGUGAUUAAUUGAUACUAGCUUGGGGCGAUAAAUUAAAAAGGAUAUGACAAAAGUACUUAAAAUAAUUAUGGGGGUUUUGCUCACUUAGAUGUUGGAGACGACUAGUAGAGUCUCUUCGAUAAGUUACUAUAAUUCGAUACUCUCACAAAACACCAACCAUUAUAGCAUGUAGACUACACUUAAAAGUAAAUUGUGAUGUGUUGUAAUAUUACCUACCUAAUGAUGAACGUACAAAUAAAAUAUAGAGAGUAUCCAUAAAACCGAUAAACGAAUAACUGUUUAGAAAAUAAAAAAAAUAUUUUUGUACCAUUAUGAAAUAAAAUAGUUCUCAGGAGUAGGCCACCGACCAAUUUCGUUUGACAUUUUUAUUUGAGUAAAAUUUGAAGGAUAACAUACGCCUCGGUUAAAGUAAUUAGUGAAAUAAAGCUUUACAGUGUCUGUCAACUGUAGCAAUAUUACAUUUCAUUCCACUUACUUGGAGGAGGAGGCGAGGCAGGCUACCUAGGUGGAUAUCAAACCAAUAAAGUACAAGUGAUGGCCUUGGGACGUGACGGGUGACGACGUUACGGUAAAUAGUUGACGAUUAGUCCAUAUUACUUACAUAGUAUAUUUGAAAUGAAGAUGUAUAUUUAUCAGAUCGCUAGAUGGAUAACAUGAUAAUGACAAGAUAAUGAAAUUGUACAUAAAGGCUAUAUUUUUUACAGAUUUACGAACACACGUAUCUCACUGAGAUUAAAGUAAAACACGUCCAUUACAUGCAUUGUAAUACUUGAGUUUUUCCGUAAAUUGUAAAUAACUCGAGCCGCAAUAAAGCUUAGGUGCCUCAACAUUACAUAUAAAACAUAUUUUUUCAACGCAUUCGAUAAAAGAUAUAAUAAAAUAGAAGACAAGUAAAAAUAAGACGUAGAACUUACAUUUAUAUAAACAUCGCUAAAGUGGCAAUUUUGUAUUUCAGUUAGACAACUAGAUCCAUAUAAAGAAAGUCUUUAAAUAUAGAAGUGUUUUACAUCGAUAAACAUAUUUUUAAGUCGUUACAAUUAAACCUAUAUGUAAAAAUUUAAAAACUAAGACACUCUAGAAGAAUGACGAACCGUCUUUUGAAUAAUAAAAAGAUGUACUUACGUGCAUUUGUAGAUGUUGGACUACCCUACACAUAGGAAGUGAAUGUACAAAAAUUAAAGUGUCUGCAAAAAAUAAAACAAUUUCAAUAAAAUGUCUUCCAGGUCUGAGAAUACUGAAUUGCCACCACUUGUUACAAGUGACUGAUUAAACCUCUAUAAAUAUAAAAGUAUACCUAUACUGUUAAACAUUCUCAUAUAACUUCUUCAUAACUUUACAUGCAAAGGGAGAAUAAAGAAUUUAAAAAGGUGGCUGUAUUCGAAAUCAUCAACGAAGAUUUAAAUAUUUAUUAAAAUCAGUGUAUUUAUGUAACUUGGACGUCUAACGUUAUUUGCUUUAAAAUAAUCAAAUUCCAAUUGGCCAAUAACCAUAUUAAUAUUCAUCUCGGUGUAACGGGUUAUAGUUGUACGUCAUCGUAAGCAAAUUAUUCACACUGUGUUGUACAAACAGAUACUAAACGUCGUUAUACACGAACAUACACGAAGAAUACAAAAUAUAACAAGUGCUGCUAAGUGAUGGAUGCAUGUUUACGGUUUUGUAUGAAAUAGUGAUUGCCGUAUGAACUUUUUAAAGAAUCUUGGCUUAUAAUAAAAUUUAAUGGACCUUUCGAAACUAAAUGUGAAAAAAAAAUAUUAUAAAGGCAAAUAGAUUUUACAAUAUUUUACAUCUCUGAUAAAAUUGGUCUAUAUUGAAAUGUUAUAUUAUAUGGAAUUUUAUGUAAGAAGAUUGGAAUAACGAAUAUUUUUUUUGGAUUUAAGAUUUGUCUUUUUGCACAGAGUAAAUUUAUAUAGCUAAAACAUAAUAGGGUCCAAAUCUUCCAUCCAAUGAUACAGCAAGAUACCAAAUUGGACUGUGUACAAUGUGAUACGUCGGUGUAUAAUAGAAGUUAUUUUUAACAAAAUUAAAUUUACUCUGUGGGUAAAGACUGCGAUCACUUUGCAUAAGUAAUAGAAACGUUGAUGUGUACGGGAAUCUUUGUUUCAGGGAAAAACAUAAUUAGUACGACGUUUUUAAUUCAUGUAUAACAUACUUUAUCGUUAAUUUUUGCUAUUAUUAUUAUUAUCCUAACUGACAUUAAAUUCCUCUGUAAGAUUUUUUAAGUGUGAUAAAUAUUUAUAUUAUUAUAGUUGGAUGACAGUCGCUAACACAAUGAGGUAUUAUUCCCGUACGUGUGAUUUUAUUUUUUGUAUAAAAUCGUGCCUCUUGUCUUGGCCUGUCGUCUAUGACCGAGGGUAUUUUUGUAUUGUGUACAUUUUAGGCAUGACAUUUUGUUAUAGGUUAUGUAUACGAGCUAGUUAUGUUUUUCUAAAACUAUGCAAAGUGAUCUUAAAUGUUGGUCAGUUGCAAAAAGGAUUUUUGCGGAUACUUAAUUUUGUAGGCUUUAGAGGUCCCGCUGGCCGAUUGUUGGAACAUCCACAGUGAUUCUUACCUGGCGCUUGCCGCGUGGGCUGUACCCCUGUACACUCUACGGAGCUCUCGGUGCCAGCCAAGCACUCUGCUGCGUCGGCGCAUUAUAAAACGUUGAAUGGAAACAAACUAGUCUUAGCUGUACGCAAAUAUCUUUUUUGCGGGUGGCCGUUAAGUCUGUGUUAUUUAGUUGAUGAGAUGUUAGUUAAGGCCUCUUGUGUUGCUGUGCAUUUCUAAGCAUUGUAUGUAUGUCUGUUUAUAUAUUGUACAUAGCUAAGAUACAUUAUAUUUUUACGAGUAGAAUACACAACCAAAGUUGUUAUAAAAGUGAUGGUUGAUUAAAUAAUAAAUUUAAUAUAGGUCGUUAUGUUUAUUUUUAAGAGUAAAACAAACUGUACAGCUGUAUAUGGGUACAUCCAAUGUCUUAUCGAAGCCUUUACACAACCGCCCUGAUAUUAGCGAAAUCGAAUUUAUUAUUUUUGGUAUAAAAGUUGGAUAAAUACAAAAGGAAUAUAAUAAAAAAUAGAGUAUUUUAACAAUGAGUAGUAUGGGUGUGGCUUGCGCUCCGUUCGUUCCUAGCAGCUUGUUCCAGGACAUUUACCACUCGGUAUUCGUCAAUUAAUGAAAUCACACACUGUACUGUAAUAUCUCCGCGAUAUUCCAAUUGUAAUGUUUUAUUCAUUGAUGAAAACAGGCGUUAUGAGUACAUUACGUUUAAGUUGUAUUUUUUGUACAUUUUAGAUUCGAAAAUAUAUUAAUAUCUAAAUAA